UAAUAUUGUAUAUAGACUAGACAUCCAAUCUUCACACAUAAUCAGAUCAGGCGGGGAAACAGAACAAAUUAAUAAUAUUAAAUACGAAACCUGAUUGUUUUCGCUACAGUAUAAAACAGGAUACAAGGCGGUAUCCCAUAACAGUAUACUUGGGUGCUUCUAAGGUUUGAGAUAUCUCAAAAAUAGGAAAAACAUUUGAAGUAGCUAGUCCAUAAAACAGAUUUAACUUAUUAUUCACGAUGCAUGCCUUCAUCACUCUUUGCUUCCUGGUUGUCAUCAUGUGUGCUCUCCAUUUCACCGAGGGAGCAUACAAAAAGCCUCCAUUUAACGGUUCCAUUUUUGGGAAGAGGGGCUACGUUGAAUAUGAUUCAACUGGCAGAGCCUUGUCUGCCCUCUGUGAAAUUGCCUCCGAAACCUGCCAGGCGUGGUAUCAAGCCCUGGAAAACAAUUAAUUUUAAACAAUGCAUUCCAUUCGAAAUUUUUUAAAGUCACUAUUUAUUCAUACUUACGCAAAAAGACAUAAGUUGAUAACUUUCAGUCGGAACGAGCUUUUUUUUAAAAAAAAAACGAAUUAAUUAGCAUGUAAGUACCUACUUAGUCUAGUAUGUCUCUAGCACAGACUACUAAGAAGAUAUGGUCUCUAGUAUCUUUUAUUAGUCUGUGGUCUCUACUGUCUCUAGUCUCAAGUAUUAUAUGUUACAAUUUGACAUACUUAAAUGUACUCAUUUUAAAUUAAAGUUAUAAAAACUUAUCUAAGCUGACACUCGACAAUAGAGAUACAUGAUUCGUUGUUUUUUAAGGCAUGUUAUAAUAUGUAAUGACAAUGACUAACUGAUAA